UUAUUUUCCUUCAUCCAGAAGACCCAGGACCACGAUGGCUUUUCAGACUCUAUCAGGACACAACAGAGCAUGGGAAGGGUUGGGAUGUCAUACUCCUUCACAACCAGCCAGAGAAGGCUGUACAGCAGCCCCAGCCGGCUUUGCAGAUUGCAGUUAGUUCAGAAUAGUUUGGUGUCUUUCCUAUUCUAAGGACUUCUUUCUCAGUGUGUGUGUGCACGAGCAGGAAAUUAGCCACUAGCACAGGAAGAUCAUAGAACAGCUUGGGUUGGAAGGGACCCUAAAGAUCAUUUAGUUCUUUGCAGCACUAGCAUCACAUGUGGUGCAGGCUCACUCACAACAGGUGAGUGCAUGGAGACACAGCCUUGUUUAGCUAUUGUGAAGAGCAGUUCCUUUGCAAAUAACUGCUUGCACCAGUUCUAAAGCUGGAUGCAAAAGACCCAGUGCUGUUGUUAGAACUGGCUCUAUGCUGGCAACCCAAGGCUGGAAGCACACUGGCUUUGCUGAGCCUGAGAAGGCAGCAUGAGUGAAUUACCUUAAAUUAAACACAGUUCAUACAUAGAGGCAUAACAGAGGCACAGUGGGAGAUUUGUGCCAUUACGGGUUUGCAUUAGAGAUGUGCUGAUGUAGAACUCUACCAGUGUGAGGAUUCCUGCACAGCACUCAGCUGAGAUGUGACCUCCUCCCGGUGCAGGUGAUGAUCUGCUUGCAUGUUCUUCUGUACUGAUCACGUAAAAUCUGCUAACGGGUUUGUAGGGCUUCAGCAGAUAGUUUAGAAUACUUAGGAGGUACUGUUUUGUCUAGAAGUGAAUUCUGAACUGAUUACUUUAAGGCUUUCCCUUUCUGCAGAAAGUAGUGGUGCUUCAGUUCUUUGUUCCAAGGGAAGUGCAAGUGAUGGGAACUUGCACUUCCACAUCUAUUUUCUUUUGCCUCAAAAUUUCAUAGCAUCUUUCCUCAUGCUGGGGGAAAGAACAACCAGUGCACAAGUGUGAUGCACAGCAGGAGACAACAUUGAGUUGCACCUGGCUUUAAAGGAUGGCUAAAAUUUUUAUCUAAAGCUUCAAAAUUGUAAAACAAGACUAAAAAGAAAAGAAAAAAAGACACCUUUUAGAUAAGGAAAUAAUCUUUCUUUUCCCUCAGGAUGCUGAAGAUAGCACAACACAAAAGUAACUCUAAAUAAAGUUGCUUCAAGUGCUUCAUGUCUGAGAAAUGCAGAAGGAAAGCGAUGCUAUAAAAAUGUUGCACGUGGGAUUCUUUGAAUAUGCGUUCACUUCUUCAAGAUUCCAUAACCGGCAUUUUUCUUCUUUUCUUUUAUGCAAGAAAACUCCACUCUGCUGCCAGUGAGUGAGGAAUUGGCUCCUCUCCCCAGAACCUCGGUCUGCCCAGGUGUUUCGGACCCGCCCGCCCCAUCCAGGCGCGGUACUGCCGCAGCGAGGACUUUGCCUAGCGAAAACUUGCGAAUCCGGCGUUCCUCCGAAUGAAAGAAAGUGACAUGUUGGAUGAGGGGGGUGGGCGGGAGGAGAGGAAGGCUGUCCCGCUUCUGCGGGGCGGGAUCUUUUUCUCCUGCUUGAUCUAUGGAGCCCGCCCCCUUAAAUUGGCUCCCGGGAGCACCCCGUCCACCAGCCCGACGGGGGGAGAGGCGGAAAGCGAGGGAGUGCAGGCAGGCGGCCGGCCGGCCGGUUCCCCCGUCCCGGCCCGUCGGUCCGUCCCGGCCCCUCCACCCCCCGCGCACCAUGCGCGGCCCCCGGCGCCCCGCGCCCCACCGGCCCGCCCGCCCCUAACGCCGCCCGGCUCCGGCGCUUCCCCCGGCACUGCUCCGGGGGGCGGGGAGGGGGAGAAAGGGGCGAGAAAAAAAAAGAAAAAAAAAAAAAGGAAAAAAAAAAAAAAAGGAAAAGAAGAGCCUAAGCAAAGCGGGGGAAGGCUGCUCUCCUCUGAGGACAGCGCGCAGCACCAUGCAGCUUGCGCCGCUGGCGCUGGCACUCACCACGCUCUUCAUCGACGGCUUGAGGACGGGAGCGAGGAGGCAGAAGCUGCACCCCAGGCAAGCGAAGCUGCUGGAGAAGCUCAGCGAGUACGAGAUCGUGACUCCUACCCGGGUGAAUGAGUUGGGAGAGCCCUUCCCCACCGAUGUCCACUUCAGACGGAGGCGGCGGAGCACCAACGCUGCCCCCGACGCCUGGACGGCCGCCGCCUCCUCAUCCUCCUCCCCUAAGGCUCACUACAGGCUUUCCGCCUUCGGGCAGCAGUUCCUCUUCAACCUGACGGCCAGCUCGGCCUUCAUCGCCCCGCUCUUCACCGUCAGCAUCCUGGGCGAGCCCGCCGCCGAGCAGCGGAACCUUUACGCCGAGGCUGCGGACACCGACGUGAAGCACUGCUUCUACCGGGGGCACGUCAACGCCCGGCCGCGGCACACCGCCGUCAUCAGCCUCUGCUCCGGGAUGCUAGGCACAUUCAAGUCUGAUGAUGGGGACUAUUUUGUAGAGCCACUGCUGUCACUUGAGCAAGAGUAUGAAGAAGAGCACAACAAGCCACAUCUUGUCUACCGACAUCGGACACCUCCAACCAACUCUUCAGGGGACAGGCAGACUUGUGAUACUCCAGAUCAUGAACAUAGUCAUAAAAAGAACAAGCGGAAACACUGGAGAAAACAAUGGGUAGAAAGCAGCUUAUUAUCUGACACGGAAAUGUUGAAACACAGCCUGGAAGUGAAUCCGUUUUCUGCAGAUAGCAAUGAGACAGGGAAUGUCAGUGAGAAGAAGAGCCACAGAAGAACAAAGCGGUUCCUCUCCUACCCUCGAUUUGUGGAAGUGAUGGUGGUGGCUGACAGCAGGAUGGUUGCCUACCAUGGGGCUAAUCUGCAGCACUAUGUCCUAACGUUAAUGUCAAUAGUGGCUUCCAUCUACAAAGACCCAAGCAUUGGAAAUUUAAUUAAUAUUGUUAUUGUGAAGCUGGUUGUGAUACAUAAUGAGCAGGAUGGUCCUGCAAUAUCCUACAAUGCCCAGACAACUUUAAAAAACUUUUGCCAGUGGCAGCAAUCUCAGAACCACCCUGAAGGAAGUCACCUGCAGCACGAUACAGCUGUGCUAGUCACCAGACAGGAUAUAUGCAGAGCGCAUGACAAGUGUGAUACUCUGGGUCUGGCAGAGCUGGGCACUGUCUGUGACCCCUACAGGAGCUGUUCAAUUAGCGAAGAUAACGGGCUGAGCACUGCUUUCACAAUAGCACAUGAACUUGGCCAUGUAUUUAAUAUGCCUCAUGAUGACAAUCAUAAGUGCAAAGAAGAUGGAGGUAAAAAUCAACAGCACGUCAUGGCACCAACACUGAACUUCUACACCAAUCCAUGGAUGUGGUCAAAAUGCAGUAGGAAAUACAUCACUGAGUUUCUGGACACUGGCUAUGGGGAAUGUCUGCUUGAUGAGCCUACAUCAAGAACUUACGCUUUGCCUCAGCAGCUCCCGGGGCUCAUUUAUGACGUCAAUAAACAAUGUGAGUUAAUUUUUGGACCCGGAUCCCAAGUGUGCCCAUAUAUGCAGAUGCAGUGCCGGCGACUUUGGUGCAUUAACAUUGAUGGUGCACACAAGGGAUGUCGUACCCAGCACACGCCUUGGGCUGAUGGGACAGAGUGUGAGCCUGGAAAGCACUGCCGUUACGGGAUGUGUGUGCCCAAGGAGCGCGAGGCGCCGGUGGUGGAUGGAGCCUGGGGCACCUGGAGCCCUUUUGGGACGUGCUCAAGAACCUGUGGCGGCGGCAUCAAGACGGCCAUCCGGGAGUGCAACCGGCCUGAACCUAAAAACGGUGGGAAAUACUGUGUGGGACGUCGAAUGAAAUUUAAAUCCUGCAACACUGAACCGUGCUCAAAGCUGAAGAAGGAUUUCCGGGAUGAGCAGUGUGCCGACUUCGAUGGGAAGCACUUCAACAUCAAUGGGCUGCCCACAAACGUGCGCUGGGUGCCCAAGUACAGUGGAAUCCUGAUGAAGGAUCGCUGCAAGCUGUUCUGCCGCGUGGCGGGGAACACCGCUUACUACCAGCUGCGGGACCGUGUCAUUGAUGGGACUCCCUGUGGCCCUGAUACCAAUGACAUCUGCGUGCAGGGCCUGUGCAGGCAAGCUGGAUGCGAUCAUGUGCUGAAUUCAAAAGCAAGAAGAGAUAAAUGUGGUGUUUGUGGUGGGGAUAAUUCUUCGUGCAAAACUGUUGCGGGCACAUUUAACACGGUGCAUUAUGGCUAUAACGUUGUGGUCCGCAUUCCAGCUGGUGCAACAAAUAUUGAUGUGCGUCAGCACAGUUACUCAGGGAAACCAGAGGAUGACAACUACCUGGCCUUAUCUAACAGUCAAGGAGACUUUAUAUUAAAUGGAGACUUUGUCGUCAGUAUGUUUAAAAGGGAAAUCAAAGUUGGGAAUGCUGUGAUCGAAUACAGCGGAUCGGAUAAUACUAUUGAAAGGAUUAAUUCUACAGAUCGGAUUGAGCAAGAAAUAACACUUCAGGUUUUAUCAGUGGGCAAUUUGUACAAUCCUGACGUUCGUUACACUUUUAAUAUCCCCAUUGAAGACAAACCUCAGCAGUUUUAUUGGAAUGCCUAUGGCCCCUGGCAGCCCUGCAGUAAGCUCUGCCAAGGAGAACGAAAAAGGAAGCCUGUGUGUACAAGGGAGUCAGACCAACUCACAGUGUCAGACCAAAGGUGUGAUCGGAUUCCCCAGCCCGACCCAGUAACAGAGCCUUGUGGCACAGAGUGUGAGCUAAGAUGGCACGUGGCAAGGAGGAGCGAGUGCACAGCCCAGUGCGGGCUGGGAUACCGCAUGCUGGAGAUCUACUGCUCCAAGUACAACAGGUUGGAGGGAAAGACAGAGAAGGUCGAUGACCGCUUCUGCAGCAGCCAAGCCAAGCCGAGCACAAGGGAAAAGUGCACGGGAGACUGUAACGUGGGAGGCUGGAGGUACUCUGCCUGGACAGAGUGCUCCAAGAGCUGCGGUGGGGGCACGCGGCGAAGGCGGGCCAUGUGUGUGAGCACCUAUAAUGACGUGCUGGAUGACAGCAAGUGCAGCCAGCAGGAGAAGCUGACAGUGCAGCGCUGCAGUGAGUUCCUGUGCCCCCAGUGGAAAACUGGAGACUGGUCUGAGUGCCUGGUCACCUGUGGGAAGGGGCACAAGCAUCGCCAGACCUGGUGCCAAUUUGGGGAAGAUCGGCUGAACGACAGGUUUUGUGACCCUGAAACGAAGCCGGAGUCGGUGCAGACGUGCCAGCAGCAGGAGUGUGCAGCGUGGCAAGUGGGGCCCUGGGGCCAGUGCACGGUGACCUGUGGCCAAGGCUACCAGAUGAGAGCAGUGAAGUGUGUCGUGGGCACCUACAUGUCAGUGGUGGACGAUAAUGAAUGCAAUGCCGCAACCAAGCCAACAGACACCCAGGACUGCGAAAUUGCAGCAUGUCCUCCCCAUCCAAAUAGUCCUGAAGCCAAGAGAUCUGUAUCAGGCGUUCACAGGACGCAGUGGAGAUUUGGAUCCUGGACACCGUGCUCUGCGACAUGUGGGAAGGGGACACGGAUGCGAUACGUCAGCUGUCGGGAUGAGCAGGGCUCAGUGGCCGAUGAGUCUGCUUGUUUCCACCUUCCAAAGCCCUCGGCCACAGAAGUGUGCACCGUGACACCCUGCGGGCAGUGGAAGGCCUUGGAGUGGAGCUCUUGCUCGGUGACUUGUGGUCAAGGUAAGGCAACGCGACAAGUGAUCUGCAUCGAUUACAGUGACCAGCUGGUGGACAGGAGCGAGUGCGACCCAGAUGACCUCCCUGCCACCGAGCAGGACUGCUCCAUGUCUCCUUGUCAUCCAAACAGCCACGAUUAUGGCAGGCCCAUCCACCCCUUCCUCUAUCCGGACCAUCGCCUCAAGCUGCACCCUGGAGGCAGCCCCAACCGAAACCGUGCACAUAUACCAGGAGGCAAUCAGUGGAGAAUUGGUCCCUGGGGUGCUUGCUCCAGCACGUGUGCAGGGGGGUUCCAGCGACGCGUCGUGGUAUGCCAGGAUGAAAAUGGAUACACUGCAAAUAACUGCGAUGAGAAGAGCAAACCUAUGGAGCAGAGAUCAUGCGAGUCCGGCCCCUGUCCUCAGUGGGCUUAUGGCAACUGGGGAGAGUGCACGAAGCCAUGUGGGGCCGGGACAAGAACGCGGCUUGUGGUGUGCCAGCGUCCCAAUGGAGAAAGGUUCACGGAUCUGAGCUGUGAAAUCCUCGAUAAGCCACCGGACAGGGAGCAGUGCAAUGUGCAGGACUGUCCUAGAGAUGCUGCCUGGAGCGCUGGUCCCUGGAGCUCGUGUUCUGUCUCCUGCGGAAGGGGCCAAAGGCACCGCACUGUGUACUGUUUGACAAAGGAAGGGAGGCAUGUAGAAGAAGAUUAUUGCAAGCACCUUGUUAAGCCCAAUGUGCAAAAGAAAUGCAGAGGGGGCAGAUGUCCGAAGUGGAAAUCAGGAGAUUGGGGACAGUGCUCGGUGUCCUGCGGUCGCGGUGUCCAGCGGCGCACGGUGCAGUGCCACGGCGGUGCCCCGACGGCAGCGUGCGACCCUGCGAGCCAACCUGCAGCCCAGCGGGACUGCCAGCUCCCCGAGUGCCCCACGCAUCGCUGGGCUGCAGGCGAAUGGCAAGCGUGCAUGAAGACGUGUGGGGAGGCGGCUCGGUACCGCAAGGUGUUCUGCGUGGAUGAGAGCAAGCAGGUGCAGAGCAGCACCCACUGCGACGCCAGCAAACGGCCCCCAGAGAUGGAGAGCUGCGGGCUGCCGCCCUGCGAAUACAUCUGGAUCACCGGGGAGUGGUCAGAGUGCUCCGUCACCUGCGGCAAGGGCUACAGGCAGCGCCUGGUGUCGUGCAGCGAGAUUUACACCGGCAAGGACCACUACGAAUAUGGCUACCAGAACACGGUCAGCUGCCCCGGCACGCAGCCACCCAACAUCCAGCCCUGCUACCUCGGGGAGUGCCCUGUCUCUGCAUCCUGGCGCGUCAGCAACUGGGGAAGCUGCUCUGUGACCUGCGGGGUUGGCAUCAUGCACCGCUCAGUGCAGUGCCUGACCAACGAUGACCAGCUCAGCAACUUGUGCCUUGUGGAUCUGAAACCCGAGGAGAGGAGGACGUGCCACAACGUCCACGACUGUGAAUUACCGAGGAGCUGCAAUGAUGUUAAAACUCUCAAAGGUGUCACUGAAGAUGGUGAAUAUUUCCUUAAAGUCAAAGGGAAGACGUUAAAGGUGUAUUGCUCUGGGAUGCAGACUGACAGCCCAAAGGAGUACGUGACCCUUGUAAAUGGAGAUGCAGAGAACUUUUCAGAAGUGUAUGGAUACAGAUUGCAUAACCCGACCGAAUGUCCGUAUAAUGGGAGCAGACGAGAAGACUGCCAGUGUAGGAAAGAUUACACAGCAGCUGGGUUUUCCACCUUCAGCAAAGUAAGGCUGGACCUGAACACUAUGCAAAUAAUAACAACUGACUUACAGUUUGCCCGGACGCAUGAUGGACGACCAGUUCCUUAUGCCACUGCUGGGGACUGCUACAGCGCAGCCAAAUGUCCUCAGGGUCGCUUCAGCAUAGACCUGUAUGGGACAGGCCUGUCUUUAACGGGAACGGCGAAGUGGCUUUCCCAAGGGAAUUAUGCAGUGUCAGAAAUUCAAAAAUCCCCAGAUGGUACCAAAGUCGUAGGAAGAUGUGGUGGUUACUGUGGGAAGUGUACCCCGUCGUCUGGAACAGGCCUCGACGUGCAGGUGUUAUAGCAAUGGUUCUCUGAGAGCAGCCCGCGGAGAUGAGACGGAUGAAGGAUAGCGAUGCAAUACCUCUGCCUCCCACUUUUUUAACCUGUUUAUGUGUGUAUAUAGAUCGCAUAUUCUUAAUGUACAGUAUAAUAUUUAUGUUUGGAAUUAUUUAUUUUGAUUUAAUAUUUUUGUACGUAAAAUCAUUAUAUUAAGGCUGCUUUUACUAUUUUUAUUUUUUAUUGUUAAAUCCUGCAGUCAAACCACUGCAUUUUGCGUACUCUACAUUAUAUGUAGCAUUAUGACAAGUGAUACUUUAUUGUCACUGUAUUCAGUUGUUUACUUCCAAUCAGUAAUUUUCCUUCAGUUACGGGCUGCUUUAGCCCUCCACGGUGCUACACAAUCUGCAUUGGGGUAUUUUUGGCAUUUCAAUCUGUCUUGAUGUAAGGAAAAUAGACAAGAUGUGCUUAAAUUUUAAUUUAGCAAUUAGGCUGACAGCACUCAAGGAAAACAUGACAAUGAAUACAGUGCUCGUUGCAUUAGCAAUCUUUAUCUUUUAGGUAUGUUUUGAAUUUCACAUGACCUCUGUGGCCGGUGCUGAAAGCGCUGGUUUGGUGCUAACAUGGUAUUUAUUAACGCUCAGUAAUUUUAGUUAAUCCGCUGCCUUUAUCAGUGGGAAAAGGAAGAAAGCAGAGAAAUUGUCAGGAGAUUCAAAUAGAAUCAAUCGUAGAAUCCAUCAUCAGUAGAUUCAAUCAUAGAAUAUCCCAAGCUGAAAGGGGACCCAUAAGGAUCAUUGAGUCCAACUCUUGUUUCUAUGCAAUAGAUGGAGAUCUGCUCCAUGUUCAGGAAAAUUCCUACAGACACAUCUUCAGCAGAGCCCUGUUUUGUGUAGAGCUCCAAAAAACACCCAUUUCCCUGCUAAUUGCAUGUGCCACCGUGCUUCCCUCCUCCAUCUGGCAGCAGGGCGAUGGGACCGUAUGUUCCCUGGGCUGAGGAGCCACAGCUCAUUAGGGACACGGUUACAAAAUCCUAACGUAUGUUGGCUGUGUGGGAUCCUGCCACCCGUGGGGCUGGUGGGGACGCAGGGGCAGGGCUGGGUACCACAUCCCAGUGAUGCUUCCCACGCACUGUGCCCAUCUGUGGUGCCGUGCAGCGUCAGCACUGCUGUGUUUCCAGCAGGAUCAGCUUGUACUCUCACAGUGCUUCCCCCCACCCCACAAACAGGCUGCUUGACGCCUACUUCUGUACGGCUUCCUAUCCUCCUGAUAAGGCAUCUGUGCUCUUUGCUGUCCGCGAUCCAAUGUACAACCAGAACUUAAGUGUUUUCUGUAGUGUUUUUGUAAUGGAGAAACGCGGCUGUGCAAUGCCCUGCCUGUACAUAGCCUGCUGCUUGCAGCACUGCGCAGAGCUUCGUAGCACGUUGAACGGGGGUGAUGUGACCAGAUUAUUUUUGUAGUCUAUGACUAUGUCCCUUAAUUCUUUCUCCUUGAUUCUACGUAGCAAUAGGAAAACGUUGCCCCAGCGCCUUACGUCGGGGCAGCCGGGAGCACGAAGGACGAAUUUGCAGCACAGAACUGCCAGCAUUUCAGAAGACUCGCCCAGCUAAGUCUUUAAAUUUGGGCUGCAGAUAUUCAGCAAACCCGACCUCAGGAUUUUCUGCAUAGCUCCCCAAAGCAGAGCUCCCUGCACUUGUAACCCAUGCGUUUGGCAGCCCGCAGAGUGAGACUUGUCAGCCUGAUGGUUGGAUGUUAAUUAGUGGGCAUCCAAUUUGGGAGCAGGGUUGGGUUAAAAUGCAGCUAAAGAAUUGGUGCUUGGCACUCACCAGUGUGCCCUGUCGCUCUCGUUAAUGUACAGGCUUAAAGGGGAGAAUGAGAAUCGUACUUAUAAUUAGGGGUGUUUUUUUUUUAUUUGUUGUUUAAUAGCACGUACAAUAAGUGGAUGUGAUUAUAUCUUAGGUUGCUAUUUCACCUAUGUCUUCUGCCUAUAUGACAAUAAGAAAUGAUACCUCCCUGUGAAGAAAAAAAUGCCAAAAAUACCAUUUCAAAGGUCAAAGAAAGGGGAAAGGGAAAAAGGGAAAGGGAAAAAGGGAAUGGGGGAGGGAAAGAUGGAGAGAAAAGGGAAAAGUAGCAAAAUGGAGUAAGUGAUGUUUUUUUUUUGUAAUGAUAACUGCUCAUGUGUAACUUGUGUAGGGUAAAAGGGAAAAUUGCACUUUGAACUUCAGAGAGAAACGGUGGUGCUUAGAAAGUACAGGCUUAUUAUAUUUUCUGUAAUGAGAGGAAUGGCUACUUAUAAAAGGAAAAAUUAUUUUGACCUGUUUGCAUUCCUUUCUGCUGUAUGGUUUCAUAACAGCUAUUAGCAGAGCCAGAUGAACCUGAAAAGAAGUAUCAAACUGUAAGAAUUGAUAGAUCACUGAUCUUAUGAUUCAUCACUGGGCUUCGUUAAACAGGAUCAGACUUUGAGGAGCAGAGACAUGGGACACUCCUAGUUCAGGAAACAACUCCGGGUUUUGUAUGUCAAUGCCAUUAUUUUUCUACAAACUGUUGUGGGGUUUACUUUUGUUGGGUUUGGGGGGGAUUAUAUUUUUCUUUUUGCAAGCACUUUCCUGUACAGUUGGUUUUUUUUGUUUUUUUUUUUUUUUUUUUUUUUUCUUU